AGAACUUCCCCGAGUGAAGUUCUGCAGAUGAGUCCUGUGUGAUCAGACAGUGGAGGAACAUUGGAGGAACGCUGGAUUAACAGGGUUCUUUAAUAAACUGAUGGACCACAUGACCACAGUAGAGAUGGACCAUCAGAUCAAACAAGAAGCUCAAUCAGAUAAUGGAGGAAGUGAUGCGGAGGAACCAGAUCUUUUAAUUCCCAGCGAAUCCAAGAAGUUCAGAGAAGAAUCCAGCACCUGCUUCCACUGUGGAAAGACGUUCUCACGGAUCUCCACUCUGAGAAUCCACAUGAGGACCCACACUGGAGAAACUCUACCGCGCUGCCUGUGUGGGAAAACCUUCACCUACUCCUCGACCCUGAUCAGACACCAGAGAGGCCGCUGCCCACUGAUCCCCGACCCCCGGGACGUCCCGAAAGAGCAGGGAGCACCACCUAAAACGCUCCAGUGUUCCUUCUGUGGGAAGCAGUUUUCCUCGAUGGCUCACGUCACCAUCCACGAGCGCCUCCACACGGGGAGCAGACCCUUCUCCUGCUCCAAAUGCAACCAGUCCUUCAACCGCCUGGACCGGCUGAAGGAGCACCAGCGCGUUCACACCGGAGAGAAACCCUACGAGUGCAGCCACUGCGGGAAACGCUUCUCUCAGUCCGGAGGCCUCAAAAACCACCAGAGGACCCACACGGGAGAACGACCGUACCACUGCACGGCGUGCGGGAAGCGCUUCACCCAGUCCACCAAACUGAAGCUACACCUGCGCGUUCAUACCGGAGAGAGACCGUACGUCUGCUCCGAGUGCGACAAGACCUUCUCACGCAUCGAGCACCUGAGGGCCCACUGGAACGUCCACAGCACCGAGGAACGUCCAUGCUGUGUGGAGUGUGGGAGAGCGUUCUCGUCGUACGCUCAGCUGAUGAGGCACCGGACUGAACACACCGGAGAGUAAUUACCAGGCUAGUGGUGUGGGUGUCGUACAGCUCCAGGGUUCUGGGUUCAAUCUUAGCUAUAUUUUACUGUCUGUUCUCCGAUUGUCUGUGUGAGUUCCACCCUGUUUUGCUGUGCAAGAUAGAAGGUCCUGCUUUUUUGGUCCAUGUUAAUAGAAACUCAUAACUUGUAAAGUCAUAACUUGUAAAGGUGACGUCCUUAAAAACAUUUUUAAAUGCAGAUCAAGGGAAGAACAUUGCUAUUUAGGGGCCACAAGAGACCCUCAUACAGCUUUCGGUAAUAAAGGACUUUGAUUACAUGCUUAAAUUGUGGAUUUAACAAUAUUUCUUUAAUAAUAUUAAAUAUGAUUUCAUAAGUAGGUGUUGCUGUCAGAGUUAACCUUAUUUAUCAUGUGCACAACAGUAAAAUUAAAAUACUUAUUUGCGUGUUGUUUCCUUACGACGUUACAUAAACUGAUUCUCUGUGAUUCAUAAUGUUGUAUUUAUGUUCUUUAUCGUCGUUUAUAUUAAUUUUAAAUCGUUUUUAU